AUGGAAGAUGAAGACAUUGCGAUCUGCCUGCUGCUCAGUCUCCCGAAGAGCUUCGACAACGUGGUGCUAAAUUUGGAGAUGAGCAGCGCAGAGCUUCGUACCCAAGAUGUAGUCAAGGUGCUGACGAAGAGCACGCCAAGCGUCAAGGGGAAAAGAAAAAUGGAAGUCGUGGAUCUCGACGCGGCGGCAAUGGCCGUGGACGCGGAGCUAACAUCCAGUGGUGACAGCAUAAUGAAGACAACGGCUACGAUCGAGUAG